AUGUGGCCUCAUCAGUUUGAGAAAUUACUGGAGUUGGUUUUACCACGACUUAUAAAACAUAGCAUAAGGAAGCCAUUGUCCCCUGAGAUCCAGCUUGCUAUAACAUUAUCAUAUUUGGCUCAAGGAGACAGCGAUAAUUCCAAAGCUUGGGAAUUCCGAGUAGCUAAAUGGCAAUUUCCCCAUUGUCUUGGUGCCUUAGAUGGAUGCCACAUUCCAAUCCGGAGUCCCCCAAACUCAGGGUCUUCUUUUUUUUGCUUGAAGAAAUAUUUCAGUAUCAAUUUAAUGGCAGUAUGCGAUGCCAAUUAUAAAUUUACGUGGGUCGAUGUGGGACAAUACGGAUCCAUCAGUGAUUCUGGUGUGUGGCUCAGUGGUAGAAAUGUUGGAUGGAGGGUAUACCUCGGGUUCCGGGGGUGCAUCAUCCACAGGAUAAAAACAGCCAUCCUUCGUGACAUGGAACCGAGGGAAGAGCUUCUCGAAAUCAUCAUCAUCAUUGUCGCUGUUUUCUUCACUUGA